UUAUUUGGUCGCGACUGCCUGAUGAUGAUUGUAUGGGAGGCAACAACCGAUGACAUAACCUGAUUGGGCUGAUUGGGUACCAUUUCAUGGUGGAAGUGAACGGAGCAGAGCUAGUAUCUUAUCCCUGGAAUACUUCACUUCACAUUCCACCACUUUUCAAGAGCUUUGCCGUAUCGAAUGUCCACACAUUGACAUUGCAACAGCCAGAAAAUCGUCCGCAUCCGCGCAUCCGCGAUGUCAUCAAAUCCCCUGAGUCCGUCUGUCAUCCUCCAAGGGAUGGCAGACGCCUUGUCGCCAAAGCUCGAUGGUGACAACACAUCCAGUCUCAGUAGCUCUCAUGAGGCUCUGGCACUUUUCACGCAUGCCUGCAUGGUCUCACUAGGCUUUCGGCUGCUGGGAUUCGAUGAGGAAAGGACCGAAGAAUCAAAAUGUCGCGAAAUGGCACCACGUCUUCCCGAAAACUGGAACGCAUCAUUUAACACCUGCGCUUUCGUCUACGCCCACUCACAAUCAGCCCUUCGCUUUGUCAUCAAGACCGACCGCAUCGGUGGCAAAGCUGAAAUUCGAGGCCUGGCCAUCGAGGACGAUCGAAUCACUCGUGUCGAGGUCACAACUAAGGACUUCAUCUCGAACGGCGCGCUCCCAGUGCGCAUCCCGCGGAGGGAUGACUCGACCGAGGAUCGAUCUAACCUACCGCAGAAACUGAAAAAUGUAUUUAUUUCGGAGGGGCGCAUCACAGAUCUUGCCAACUUGAUCAAGAUCAAGAUCAUCCAGAAAUUAUUACCAGCACUACAGAAGGAGGGCUAUGAGGAGACGGAAGACGAUCGCGUCGCAAGAGACGAUGCAGACGAGGCGGGACGACGCCCACCGAGACAGCCGUAUAUGCCCGACCCGUUACCUCAGCCUGCGAAUCCGUAUCCCUUCAACGAUCCCCUGAACCCGCCACCUCGCAACCCGGUGCCAGCUGGGGAUUUCCCACCCCCGAGUUUUGAGGAUCCUUACGAUAUCAAUCGGCCUCCCCGAGGACAGUUCCCACCUAACAGAUCACCAUUCGGGAAUCUUGGUGCGGAUGACUUGAACCCACCAGGCCUUGGCCCACAUGAUCCAUUCCGACCGAGUCUCGGCGGCGGCGGCUUGCCGCGACCCGGUGGACCCCGGGGCAUGCAUCCAACCUUUGACGAUCCCAUGUUCGGUGGUAUUGGGGGUGAACCUGGAUACGACCCACAGGUGCCGCCGGGAGCCCGGUAUGACCCACUUGGGCCGGGAGGUGUGCCGAGACUUGGCGGCCGGCGCCCCGGCGGAGGGAACGACCCAUUUGGUGGUGGUGGAGGCUUCGGUGGCUUCGGAGGCUUCGGGGGCGGAGAUAUCAUUUAAAGAACGCACGGCGUUACGAUCGUCUCUUGUUCAGCAGAGAUUGGCGGACAAAAUCACCCCUUUCCUGGAUUGGUGGGACGGGACUGGGAAAGAAUUGUACCAAUAUUACGGAUCUCACGAGAUUAUGAGGUUCGCACCAAAUGUGGCUGUGGUGCACGAGUGUAUUUUGUAUUUUAAUGACAGCUUACCAUGCAUCUAACAUCGUUCAUCUUAAGUACUCUAAGGAGCAAAUUUCUCCUAACGCGGAUUCCUAACCGCUGGUGCAGCGAAACGAGAUAAUCGACCUUUGAGCCGUUG